AUGAGGAAUAGAGGUAUGCCUACACGAACCCGUAAUAAUAUGCAGUUCAGGUACAAUUUGAGAGCUAGAGUUCCUGAUCAAGUUAAAAAAAUGCGAAAAUUAUUUGGACUAAGUGAUACCAUAUGCCAUGACAAUCUCAGAAUGAAUAGAGACACAUUUAACAGACUAUGUUACAUUUUCGAAAAUGUUGGAGGUAUACGUGCUACUAGAAAUGUCCUGGUUCCCGAACAAGUUGCCAUUUUCCUUCAUGUGUUAGGCCACCAUAGCAUCCACUUUAACAAUGUCUUAGAAGCAGUCCUUAUGUUGCAUUCGAUUCUUUUGGUCACACCAAAACCGGGAUGUCUAGGAGCACUAGAUGGGACUUACAUUGAGGUUCGGGUCCCCAAAAUUGAUAAGCCUAGGUAUAGAAAUCGGAAAGGUGAUAUUUCGGUGAACGUACUAGCUGUAUGUGACCAUAGCAUGAAUUUCAUAUAUGUAUUGAGCGAUUGGGAGAGUUCUGCCGCUGAUAGCAGAAUAUUGCAUGAUGGGGUUGCAAGACCUAAUGGGCUUAGGGUUCCAAACGGCAAAUACUAUUUGGUACACGGCGGCUAUACUAAUGAGAAUGAAUUUUUCAACAUGAAGCAUGCAAAGGCUCGUAAAGCUGUAGAAAUGGAGUUUGGUAUUCUCAAAUCCAGAUGGGGAAUACUUAGAAGUCCAGAAUAUUAUCCGAUUAAGGCCCAAAACCGAAUUAUAAUGGCAUGUUGUCUCAUUGACAACUUCAUACGUGCAAACGUUGAUGUUGACCCCGAGAGGCAAAUGUCCCUGAGCCUGAUAUUAAUGGACCCAUCCCACCACCUCCAUAAUUUAUUGAUGUUGUGGCUAGUUCUGAAGCUUGGACUAAUUGGAGAGAUGCUAUUGUAA